AUGGUGUCCUCCAAAUGUCUCCCUCUGAACGACCCUUCGAACCUUUGGCCAUACUGCCCCUCUGUCGCCGCGGCGCUGAUUUUUACCGCCCUCUUCCUUGCCACGACGGUCGCACACAUAUACCAAGCCUUCCGCCACCGACAACUCUUCUGUCUGGUCGUCAUCAUCGGUGUGAUUAUGGAGACGGCUUCCUUUGCUUUCCGAUUCCAGUCGGCUAGAAUCCCUACCGACAAGGAACCAUAUGAUGCGCCGUUCCUGCUGGUUCUCCUGGCACCGAUCUUUGUCAACGCCUUUGAUUACAUGGUUAUCUCUCGACUGGUCAGAUGUUUCCUGCAGAAGACCAAGGUCUUUGGCUUGGGAGGCAACGUCAUGGGAAAGAUCUUUGUCUGCCGUGACAUAAUGUUUGGGAACCUCCAUAUUGCAAAGGCAAUGAGAACAGCCCCCGGCUGA